CACUUUUCCCGCGGCUGGUGCAGAGGAACCACCGCGGCCGGUUGGUGGGCUGGCGGCGGCGAAUGGUCCACGUCCGGCUUGGGCAAGCGCCCUUGAAUUGUAUGGGCCCAAGGUGCCCGGGCCGACGUUGAUGGGCGCCCGGAGGCCUUUGGGAGCGGGAGGGAGCCGCUGCGGCGAGCGUGAUAAAAGUUUCUUCCUGCGUCCUCGCAACCUUUUCUUCCCUUGUUGUGUGGAUCUCUAAUAAAGGGUCACCCCUGCCGCGCCGCUAUCCUCUCGGAGGGUGAAGGGAUGGGGCCACGGCGCUCCCCUGAACCCGUCCACAGGCGGAAGGAGUGGAAUGCGAAUAGCCUCCGCCCGGGGUCGGGGGACCCGUCCGGUCUCUUGGCUGCCUCUGCCAAUUCAAUUGCCUUUCCUGUUUGGCUCCGUGUGGGGAUUCAUGUGAGACAGGAUGUUCUGAGCAGGGGAAUUGCGGUCUGCCAUGGACCAGACAAAUGCUAAUAAACUUAACAGUAAUAAGAAGAGGGCCAGUUCAUCUAAUCAACCGCAUGGUGGAUGGAUUUAUACUGAACAGUGUGUCCAGCCAUGUUCCCGGAGUUAAUUAUUCUCCAGAAGGUGGCCGUGAGCAGAAAAGAGAGCAACAGCGAACUCCAGCAAACCUCCGGGCUCAGCAGAAACCCUGGCAAGCGCCUGCCGCUCAAGUGCUCUGACAGCUGCUGGUUCCCUGCCUCUCUCUCUUCUUUCUAGCACAUUGGUGCCGCCACCCCUCUUCUCACAUUUACUGUAAACUGGGAUCUAAAGGCAGAACUGCUACAGGCACCUUCUCUCCGUCCUUAGAGGCACAGCUCUGAAAUCGCAAUGGCAGGAAAGGGCUACGGCUAUUAUCGGGUGGUGAUAUUCACUGCCAUGUUCAUUGGCUACACCCUGUACUAUUUCAACCGAAAAACGUUCUCGUUUGUGAUGCCUUCAAUCAUGGAAGAGAUAAGCCUCGACAAAGAUGACUUGGGUCUCAUCACCAGCAGCCAGUCUGCAGCUUACGCCAUUAGCAAGUUCAUUAGUGGGGUCCUUUCUGACCAAAUGAGUGCCCGAUGGCUUUUUUCCUCUGGCCUCCUGUUGGUGGGCUUAGUCAAUGUGGUCUUCUCUUGGAGCUCUACCGUCACCGUCUUCGCAGGGUUGUGGUUCCUCAAUGGGCUGGCCCAGGGCCUAGGGUGGCCCCCAUGUGGAAAAGUACUGCGCAAGUGGUUUGAACCUUCCCAGUUUGGGACUUGGUGGGCCAUCCUCUCCACCAGCAUGAACCUGGCAGGAGGGCUGGGCCCUAUUGUGGCUGCUCUGAUGGCGCUGAGCUAUGACUGGCGCACAACUCUGGCCCUUUCCGGCUCUGUGUGUGUGGUCGCCUCCUUUGUGUGCCUGCUCCUGAUUAAGAAUGAGCCCUCGGACGUGGGACUGCCCAACAUUGAGCCUGGGCCCAAGAAAGGGAAAAAGGGCUCCUCGGCAAAUGACAGCACACUGGCUGAGCUGCUGCUUUCUCCAUACCUUUGGGUCCUGUCUACCGGCUAUCUGGUUGUCUUUGGUGUGAAGACAUGCUGUACAGACUGGGGGCAGCUAUUUCUCAUCCAGGAAAGAGGACAGUCUGCACUUGUGGGAAGUUCCUACAUGAGCGCCUUGGAAGUUGGGGGCCUGGUUGGCAGCAUUGCAGCGGGCUAUCUUUCAGACCAAGCAGUGGCACGGGUGGGCCUGUCAAAUUAUGGGAACCCUCGACACAAACUUCUUCUCACUAUGAUGGCAGGCAUGUCGGCUUCUAUGUACCUCUUUCGGGUCACAGUCACAGCCAGCUCUCCUAAGGAAAGCGACUAUUGGAUUCUAGCCCUCCAUCCUCUUUCUAACCUUGUGGGCUUAACAGAACACGAGUUAUGGAUCCUGCUGUUAGGAGCUAUCUUUGGAUUUUGCUCUUAUGGGCCGAUUGCAUUGUUUGGAGUAAUAGCCAAUGAGAGUGCGCCGUCAAACCUGUGUGGAACUUCUCACGCCAUUGUUGCACUAAUGGCAAAUGUUGGAGGGUUCCUGGCUGGGCUACCUUUCAGUACCAUCGCCAAACACUACAGCUGGGGAACAGCCUUCUGGGUAGCAGAAAUUACCUGCACGGUCAGCACAGUAGUGUUUUUCUUCUUGAGGAACAUCCGCACCAAGAUGGGCCGUGUACCAAAGAAGGCUGACUAAAGCAGAGUGGUGGCUUGGCUGUUGAAGGAGCCUCCCACUGCAACCAUGGGUUUUAAAAAAGUACUCCAACAACUAUUAGAUCAAGGCAGAACUAAGCUUUGACAGUGUAUCCUGGACCAGGGUAAAGUUUUCUGUUAAAAAAAAAAAUAUCACUUUGCUGCCACCUCUUUUUGUUCCUUAAAAUGGGAACGGCCAGAAUGGUUUGGACCUAAUGGACCCAACCCUAUUCUGCUUCUCCCUGGCAAAGGCAAGAUUUGGCAGCUCCACCUGUAUUAGCCUCCUGAUGAUCUCACUGGCAGCCUGCACUUCUUCCAAAUGUGUUGUAAGCAAGCAGCGUAAGGACUCAUUUCCCUGCCUGGAGAGAGGGGGUCACUUUUCUACCUCCAUCACCUACAGAACACUUCUCUUGUGUAUUAGUGCUUAAUUAUUCCCUUGAUUUCUUCACCUUCCAACAUUCAGUUAAUUCCGAGAACUCUCUUCUCAAACAGUCUGUGGUUCAUUGGGGUGUAACUGAAUUGGAGACAUUCACAAGAGGGAAGGCUUCAUUCCUUAAUCUUAGUAUUUGGGGCUGUAGCUAGGCAAGGAUGGACAGGCACGUGUACCUUACUAAGCAUAUAGACAUGCAAACCUCAGAACUGGGCCCAAAUGUGUCUACCCAAGACUCUUUCAUCUGGUCCCCUGGAUUCUUCCCCAGACCCCAUCCCUACAUCGUUUUCAUUUUGCAGAAUGUGUUCUUGAACUCUUAUAAUGCUUCUUCCUUACAUGGAUGGAAGAGAGAAGGGGAUGUGUGUGUGUAGAAACUAGUCUGCUGUACAAAAGUUAAAUUUACAUGAGUUAUCCUCCUGCUUUUGCCUCUGGCCGUUUUCUACUGGCAUGUUGCCAGCAAGGGAAUGCAGCCCUCAGACUGAUGUAAUUAGAUACAUGAUAAUGAGGAAUGUAGCAUUUUGCAGUUUGCACUGAUUAGAACUUCCCUGGACACUUCUGCAGACAUUUUAGGGGCCUCUAACUAUAAUUGCCAUGAGGAGCUGAUAAUGCAGACUAAAAAUGGACAGUUUUAUGUGAAACUGGAUUCCAGAUCUUGUUCAUUGUUAUGGAGUGUACACUGACGGCAAUAAAGACAAUAAAGCAGAAUUAACCUA